GUUAUUUGUAAGGCAAAACCCGCCUCCUCAUCGGUGAUAUUUAAAGGUACAGACUGCCAACGCGGACAGAGUUCUCUCUUUUAGGCUCCAAGUUUAAAUCAAGGUGUCCUCAGGAACUUUCAGGAAAGUGUUGCUGAUAGGUUAUCACAAUGCUGCUGCAGUCACUCGUGUCCUUCUACGUCCUGGCCGCCGCCUUUGCCGUCCCUGCUCAAGAGAAACGCGUCCAUCACCAUGCCGACCUGAGCGACCAUGUCCACAACGACGCCCAUGACUUUCAGUAUGACCACGAAGCCUUCCUGGGCAAAGAGGAGGCAAAGACCUUUGACCAGCUGACCCCUGAAGAGAGUAAAGACAGACUGUCGAAGAUUGUAGACCGUAUUGACACGGACAAGGAUGGCUUCAUCAGCCAUGCAGAGCUGCAUUAUUGGAUCAAACACAGACAGAGGAGGUACAUCGAGGAGAAUGUGAACAAACACUGGAGGGAUUAUGACAAGAACCAAGAUGACAAAAUAGCAUGGGGGGAGUACAAAAACACCACCUAUGGAUACUACAUUGAUGAGGAGUUUGACGACAUUGAGGACAAGGCCACCUACAAGUCCAUGCUCACCAGAGACGAAAGACGCUUUAAGACUGCCGAUCGUGACGGCGACGGAAUUGCCACGCGUGAGGAAUUCACUGCCUUCCUCCACCCAGAGGAGUUCGAUUACAUGAGAGACUUGAUUGUACAGGAAACAAUUGAGGACAUUGAUAAGAAUGGCGACGGCAAAAUUAGUUUAUCAGAAUACAUUGGUGACAUGUACACACCAGAAGAGGGAGAGAGUGAGCCUGAAUGGGUCCAUACUGAGAAGAAACAUUUCACUGAUUUCAGGGAUGCCAAUCAGGAUGGUUACAUGGAUUUCAGUGAGGUGGCCCACUGGAUUUUGCCCGGGGAAGUCGACCACGCUGACAAUGAAGCCAAACACUUGAUUCACGAGACAGACACUAACAAGGACGAGAAAAUCACCAAGAAGGAAAUCUUGGCCAACUGGAACAUGUUUGUGGGCAGCCAGGCUACCAAUUACGGAGAAGAUUUGACAAAGAGUCAUGACGAACUUUGAUGAACUGUCAAAUUCACAAGCUCACAUGGGGUCUACGUGUGAUUGGCUGUUACAUGACAAGUAUCACCCUUGCACAAACUAUUCCGCAUGCAGUCACAUACUGUGUAUGUGGUUAGAGGUAAUAUGUUAGUCCCACAUAGCAUUACUGUGGCCAGGUGAACAGUCCAAAAAUAUUUAAAUUAGGAGGUGUUACACAAUCUGUGGGUCAUCUGGCAUGCACUGACAUUAAAGUGAAACGGUGUGUUUUAAGUUUGAGCUUAGAACGUGAU